GGGAGUGUGGGAGAGGGGCUCGGCUGGGGGAGCUGAUGAGUUCCUUGGGCUUGCUCUCUUCUCACCUGAAGGCAAGACUCCCGGAGAGUCAGCACAUGCCGGAGAAAGAUGAGUUCGAGCCUGACCGCCGGGAGGCGCGGCAGUGACGCCGACGCGGGAGCCUGGGUGAUGGCUGCGAGGCCCGGGGAUGCCGAGCCGUCCUGGCGCGACGGACUUUUGACAGUGAAAGUGGAGGAAGACUCAUCUGGGGGCCGGGAGUCCGUCCCCCCCGGGGCCUGGCAGGACCCCGAAACUUCUCGACUGCACUUUAGGCAGAUGCGUUACCAGGAGGUGGCUGGGCCGGAAGAGGCGCUGAGCCGGCUCCGAGAACUCUGUCGUGGGUGGCUGAGGCCCGCGCUGCACUCGAAGGAGCAGAUCCUGGAGCUGCUGGUGCUGGAGCAGUUCCUGGCCAUCUUGCCCCAGGAGCUCCAGGUCUGGGUGCGGGAGCACGGCCCGGAGAGCGGGGAGGAGGCUGUGGCCGUGGUGCGGGAUCUGCAGAGAGCGCUCGAAGGGAACUCGCCCCAGAGGAUGAUGACAUCGGAAGACGUGGCUGUGUCUCUAUCCCAGGAGGAGCGGGAGCAUCUGGAGCCAGCUCCGAGGGACUUCAGCAGGGAGAGCGUGCAGAAGGAUUACAAGAGCACUGUCCUGCCUAGUUUGGAAAGCAGAAUUGAGAACAACGAGUUGAUUCCAAAGCAAGAAAUUUUAGAAGAAGCAGAACCACAGGGGCAGCUACAAGGAGUGUUUCAGGGGAAGCCCCCCCUGUUUUCCGAGUGUGGUGGUACCCAAGAGAACAGAAUAGAAGAGCAAUCCAGAAACCUCUCAUCACUGAAACUUGAAAAUUCUCCUGAAGGGCAAGGACUCACCAACAUCUCAGAUAUCAGUAAGAAUAGUUCCACAGAAGGAGGAGACUCUAAAAAUAAUGAGUUUGGGAAGAAUGCCAGAUUUUCUAACUUUAUUCUUUAUCAGUACAUCCAAAAAGCAGAGAGGCCCAUUGAUGGUGAUGAGCGUGGGAACAAAUGCACACAGGGUUUAAAUGUGGUGACACAUCAUGUGGUGAAACCUCACAAGUCUAUUGCUGAUGGAGAAAAUAUUCAUAGUUCUGGCCUUUUUGAGACCCCCAGGCAGUUACGUGAAGAAAGACCUUAUAAAUGUGAUAACUGUGAGAAAAGUUUCAAACAACGUUCUGACCUCUUUAAACACCAGAGAAUCCACACAGGUGAGAAACCCUAUGCAUGCCAAGAGUGUGGGAAAAACUUCCGUCAGAGUGCUGCCCUGAGUAAACACCAGAGGACACAUACAGGUGAGAGGCCGUAUACCUGUCUGAAAUGUGGGGAACGUUUUAGACAGAGUUCACAUCUGAAUCGGCAUCAAAGAACCCACAGUGGAGAAAAAUAUUAUAAAUGUGAGGAAUGUGGAGAAACUUGCCAUAUUUCCCACCUUUUUAGACAUCAGAGACUGCAUAAAGGAGAGAGACCCUUUAAAUGUGAAGAAUGUGAGAAGAGCUUCAAACAGCGCUCUGACCUCUUUAAACAUCAGAGAAUCCACACUGGAGAGAAGCCAUAUGGAUGUUCUGUCUGUGGAAAAAACUUCAGUCAGAGUGCAACCCUCAUUAAACACCAGAGAACUCACACUGGAGAAAAACCUUAUAAAUGUCUUGAAUGUGGGGAAAGGUUUAGACAAAGUACACACCUUAUCCGACACCAAAGAAUCCAUCAAAAUAAAAUCCCAUUGUUUUGAUA